CUCGUGUUGUCCGGGGCACGUGGGCUUUUGCUUGCUUGCGGCUUGUGGUGAUCAUGGAUAUAAGGCCGCGCUAGACGGCGUGCAGGAAUAGCAGACGUAGCAGUAGGGUAGAACGUCAGCGAAGCAGCUGAAUUUCAGAGACUCUGCCUUGGUAGGGCAACGCCAUACGCUGUCGAACGCGCGGCUCACACGUACAGCAAAAGAAUGGCAAUGCCGCCAGUGAGUAGCAGUGGGGGCGCGAUAACGCCGCCAACCCUGUCGCUGCGGCUGUCUUCCGAUUUGAACAGUCGAGGGAGCAAGCGUGUACUAGAAGUCGUUCCAUUCGAUCGAGGGUUCCUUGUAGCUUUGGGCAACGGCGAGCAACUAGUGCGGUCUUCAGCGAGUUCGGUAGGAGUCGAAGACGUGCAAUGGCGGGUGGCAGGUGCCGCCGGUGCGGCUGCGGUGACAAGCAACGGCCUGCUCCCCGGAGGCGAGAAAAUCCGGAAGCUUUUUGCGUCCGACUGCCAGCGGCACUGUAUUGUUCAGACGCAGUUUCUGAAUUACUACCACUUGACCAGCGCGACAGGUUCCGGCGGAGGUGGUUUGGGUGGUGCAACUACAAUAGCAUUGGAACUGAAAGCAUUGAGGAAUCUGGCAAUAACUUGCGUCGGCUGGUUCGACGUGCCCUUUGCUGGUAGCACCGAGAUUUCCGCCUGUCACGCCUUCGCUGGUACUGAAACGGGACUUAUGUACCAAAUCUCAUGCGUGCACGAUUCACAGCGCAUGCAGGUGCGUCAAGCGCUAGAGACGCCGGUGAAAGGCAAGCCGAUUCUCGACUUGCGGGUGCGCUUUGCGCUGUCUUCCUCGGCAUCCACUACCGACGCUUCCCAGCAGCCACCGGGAGAGCCGCUGGCAGCUACCAGCGGCAACGCCGCAUAUGCUAGCAACACUUUGGUGCGGUACACCCUCCUGGCGGCGACGGAUAAAAGACUGCUGUUGUACACUAAUGUAAACGCGCUCAUCCUGGACAAAACGUUCGCCAAGAGCUUUGAUCGACAUUUCUUGGCAUUUUUCGACGCUGUGGAGAAAACCUCCAAAGAAUUGCCGGUCGAGACGUCGUACAGCCGCAUCUACCACCUCCCCGCAGUGGCGAGUUCUUCAGAGAACUCGGCGAUUCAGCGCGCGUCGCGCGCGUCCGCAGAGCAAGACGCCCGUGGGGCAAGAAACAGUGUUCAAGAGCUCGAAAAUUCCCUUUAUGCGCAUGACGCCGUUGCGUGGGUUUCGGAUGCGGGCGUCACGGCAUUACCGUUAGAGGACCUCAGACGCCACUUUUUACUGCCUUAUUCAAACG